UUCUGGUGUACUGUUGACCAGUCUGUUAAUGUUUGACACAUGCAUUCUCACUUUGACAGGAAGAUUGCCGCCUGUUGCCGGGCAGCACGCAAGGAAAAUGCCCGGUUUGAUAAAUCGCAUCACAUGGGCACCGCUGCUGUUGAAGACAUCCCGCAUUACUUCCUGUGCCAAUGGCUGCUCUCUAGGCAUCACUGCUCAUCUAACAUACGUGAAUACUGAUCCUGAACCACUCGAUGGUGUGUUUGUGUAUCCUCUGGGGGAGAAGGAGGUUGUGGUGGGUUUCGAGGCUGAGGUGUCUGGCAGGCUGGUCAGUGUGGAGCUCCAGAGUCGUGGGAAGCUGGAGGAUUGCUGUUUGAUCUGCUGCCCAGGACCGACCCUCCACGGCCAGUGUGGCCACGGCAAGGAGUGGGGAUGCUGUGGAGGAACAAGUUUGGAAAUGCAGUGCUCCAAUGGUCAUCUGUUGCUGGAUGAGGACCUGGAAAGAAGCACAUUUAUAGUGAGCACAGGCCAGAUUGGACCACUAGAAAUUGUGUCUGUCGUCAUUAGUACCACACUUGAACUCCCUACACUUGAAAAUGGUGCAAUCCGCCUGGUUUACCCAACAGUGCUAACGCCUAUAGUCAGAGCUCGGGUUCAUCCGGGCAAAAGUGAAAACGGGGGGAAAUCAGAGGACACAAGCCCGACUACAUGCUUUGGGAGUGCGUCGGGGAGGCAGGAUAGGUUGCUGGGAAUCGGGCAGCAAUGUGCCCAUGCUGUCUUCACCAGCUCUGCUACAAACAUCUCAUUGUACCAGCUCAGCUUCCAGCUUCUCGUUCGAGGCGCAUGUCUUCUAGCAGGUCUGGAAAGCCCCACCCAUGCUCUGCGUGCAGACGCUGACCCCAGCGCGCAGUGUGCAUCUGCAACCUACAUCACGCUUGCGGAGGAGCAUCCAUGUGACCGACAUCUGGAGAUAAUUCUGCACCUUAGUGAACCUCACAGCCCAUUGGUUAUCCUGGAAAAGGGCCGGCUUACCUUUAGUGAAUACGAGCAGCAGAUCCAAGCUCGACGGGAUUUCGUUCGCUGCGGCCGAAAGGAGGCAGGCGAGAAGAGGCUGGAGUUUAUUCGGAAGCGUUACCAUAAGGAUCUGCUCUUGAACCCGGUCCUGAUGCUUAAUUUCUGCCCAGAUCUGCUGUCAGAACCAACAGAGUUGCAGCAGGCCAGCAGAGAGCUCAUCUUCCUCAUAGACAACAGCAGCACUAUAACACAACUCAACAUCAACAAGAUCAAGGAGGCAAUGUUAGUGGUCAUUAAGAGUAUGCCCACCCGCACCAUGCUGAACAUCAUUGCUAUCUGCUCAACAGUCCGCCCUCUGUUCAGCUCCAGCAAGCCCUGCACAGAUAGUACAGUGACGCAGGCAUUGGAGUACAUCCAGAAGAUACGUUCAGAUCAGGGUUCUGCUAACCUGUUGGGGGCGCUCUCCUGGGUCUAUCGGCAGCCUGUGCAUCGCGCCUUCCCACGACAGCUCUUCCUUCUUAUCGAUGGAGCCCUGAGCAAUGUAGGACGAGUCCUAGAGCUGGUCAGGAGGAAUGCAUCCAAUGUCAGGUGUUUUGGUGUGGGCCUUGGUCCUCAAUCCUGCCGGAGGCUACUGCAGGGCGUUGCCAAGGUUACGGGAGGCAGUACAGAGUUUCUCAGUGAGGAAGAGAGGCUUCAACCAAAGCUGAUUAAGUGUCUGAAGAAAGCUCUGGAACCCGUGUUAACCGACGUACGGAUCGACUGGUAUGUGCCGGAGAACAUGGAGGCCAUCUUGUCACCCAAUGAAAUCCCUCCGCUUUACCCUGGCAACUGUCUGAUAGGCUAUUGCACUCUCUACAAUGUUGGUGGAUUCAAGGCCCAGAAAAGUGAAGUGAAGUCACGACUUUAUAGAGGACGACCACACGAUUCAGUUGGGUCAAUUUUCGAGCUCUCUCCCUCCACUUCUGAGCUUCUUCAGCCUUUGGUUCCUCCUGAGGAGCGAGAUAGAGACACCGCUAAAGAGUGUGCGGUGGAGGGAGACUUUGAGGAGGCGUUGAGGGAAAUCUCACGAGAAAUCUCCUCUGAAUUCUCGUGCGCACAUACCAAUGAUAAUGUCACAAGCCCUGGUGGCGACACUGACUACAGCAGCAGUGAUGUGCGCUGGCGUAUUCAACAGGACUCGUAUGUUCAGGAUCAGUAUGUGUUGACGUGCUGUUCUCUGAGUAGUGAAAAUACAUUUUCCUCUGCUUCCCAACAAGUGGAGAGCUCUGCGCUGGGCAUGGGUUCCCUGCCACAUGGCCUGGAGAAAAUUGAGCACCCGCAGGGCAGAGGACUAUCACGCUGGGAAUCUCCAUGGGCACAGAAUGUCACCUGUUUAGGAGAAACCACAUCAGGAAAGACCAGCAAGCUGUUAGACCAUGACGAGUCUCGUCGCAGACAGAGGGCGCUAGCUCGCUCUGCUCUGGCUGGCCGAAGUUUCUCGUCACCGCAGGGUGACCUGGACAUGCACCGCCUGAGGAGGGCGCUAGAGAAGGUCUCAUUUGAGCAGGCAGUGGGGGGACGGCUGGAAGAGAGUGACACAGAUACUCAAAGCACUCCACAAGGGGCUCAAUCUCGCCCCAGCCUGACAGAUUCCAAUGGUCUCCUUUUCCCCGGCUCCCCCCUGGACUGGGACAACUUCACCGAAUGCCUGUUUUCAGCCGUUCCUUCAGGCGAGUCCCAGGUUCCAGGAGUGCAGUGUCGCUCUGUCAUCCAUGGCACGCUGGGUGGAAAGUCUUUGUCCUGGGAAGUUUGUGUGGAUUUGUCCUCUCUGUUGGCCACUGAGAGCACAGCAACCCCGCCAACCGAUACUGGAUCCUGGGAUGAGAUCAUUCACCAGCUGACCGCACGCUCCGUCAUCAGAGACUUUGAAAACAUGGCCGAAAAAGAGACGGAUAUAGAAAAUGAGAGAGGUCCAUCAAAGAGAUACAGAAUGAAAGCCAUCCAGACCAGCAAAAGCUGUGGAGUCAUCUGCAUGUACACCAGCUUCACCACCACAGAUACCAAUGUGAGAGGUCAAUCUGACAACAGAGACACACGAAACACAGGUGUGCGGUUUGGUACGAGACACGGGUCUCAUUCGGGCAGCAAAAGACAAAGGUUGUGCUCGGUCGGAUUUGGCCGCCGUCCAUCCAGCAGAGGCAGUGAGGAUACAGAAGACACACAUGCCUCGACAGACAGAGACGACACCCCUGCAUCUCCGUGCAGCAUGACAUCCUGGGACAGCAGCACAGGUGGAAGCAUCAGUCCAUCAGCGGUGUCAUCUCGCUCUCAGCGUUCUGUGGAGAGUUUCUUUGGGUCCAGGUCAAAGUUUAGUCUGGGCAGACACAAGAGCAACAGUGGCUCAGGAAAACAAGCUCCUCUAAAACCUCACUGUCUCUCUGCAGAGACGGACAGACAGACAGAAACAGACACACCUGAUUACCUGCCACUGGUGCGUCUCCAGCUGGCCUCAGGUGCGUUCUUGCUGUCCGAGUCAUAUUCGGAGUGUAUUCAGAUUCCUUUGGAACGUCUGAAAAGAGCAUCUCCAUACCCCAGCCACCGUAACAGUCUGAGCCCUCCCUUCCGCUGUACCUCCCCACCUGCCGUGGCAUUGGCUUCAGCAAAACACAGCACCCCCCACAGGCCAGAGGACCAAACCUCAGGCAGAGUGCUUUACGCAAACCUACGCCGCCACCACGAAGAAACCCUUGGCAUGUUGUCAGACCCCCACAGCUCAGAGGAGGGCGGAGUCCCACAGGCUGACAGUGGGCGGGGCUCUGAGACCGACAUGUGUGAAGCACCUCCUGUAGAUCCAGCAGAACCACAGGGAGAAGAGCUGGCACAGACGGAUGUAGAGAGCUCAAGCUGGGCUACGGCUGUAGCUUUGGCCUGGUUGGAGCACCGUUGCGCUGGGUUUUUCGUAGAGUGGGAACUGAUGGCAGCCAAAGCUGAUUUCUGGUUGAAGUGCCAAUCGCUGCCUGAAGGAGUCGACCUGGCUGGGUUAAGGGCAGCAGCAAGGCAGCUUUUCCUGCUGUUACGCCACUGGGAUGAAAAUAUCAAACUGAAUGUACUUUGUUACAACCCUAAUAACAUGUGAGGAAGUCAAAUUUAAGAUGUUGAAAACCAGCUAGGGCUAGCAGACUCGUGUUCUGAGUCUUAACUGAGGAGAUUUAAUCCAGGAAAUGGUAGCUAGAUUAAUCAACUUUUUGGCCCAAAUCCGGCCCGUAGUCAUAUGGGGCCUCAUUUAUAAAAUGCGUAGAAACCAGACAAAAUUUGAUCUCAAAAUCAUUUCUCAAAAGUGCGUAUGUGCGAUUCAUAAAACGAACGUGUGCACAGAAAACGUGCAUAUAGAUGUGAAAUCUAUAAAUCGCAAAUGAUUUUGAAAUUAAGCGCAGCUAAAUAGUUUCAAUUCUCCGCAUUUAAACAAUGCCUAAUUAAUGUAAUUGACAAAAUCACCUUUCAAAGUUUAAAUUCUUUACAAGCAGCAAAAAAGACUUAAAUUUUCAAAGGCCUGCAGCAAUUGAACACGUAAAAUUGCGGACGUCUGCUUAGACCCUGACCUGGCGCUAAGUACUUUUCCACGUCAAAGAUAUUUUUAUAAAUGCGGACUUUGCCGCGGACACACUGGCGGCCGGUGACUUCUUUUUCGAGGACGCACUAUGCAAAGCUCAUCACAACAUGUAUGUGGCUCGUCAUUUCAAAAUAUGUGUUCGGUGCGUCAUGUUAACCAUGCGUCCUGUUAAAAUAAGUGCUGCAGACGCGUUUAAAGGGUUUUUGAUAAAAGUGAUGCUCGUGUUUGCCAGAUACUCGCAUAAUCUCAUGUGUAAUCAGAGUUUACUGUUAAGUUAGUGUCUUGCGAGUAUUUUAUGAACAUGAGCGUUUCUUUUAUUAUAAACCGUUUUGACACGUGUUCAGCAGGCACUUAUUUGACAAGAUGCACAUGGUUCACGACGCAAUGAACACAUAUGCUGAAUUCGCGCCAGUCAUGGUGCGUUCACACCAGAUGUGGAAGAGGCGGAAAGCGCGAGUGAUUUACAUGUUAAAUCAAUGCAAAGACGCGAAUAGGCAUCCUGCGGCACGGUAAGUGCGAAUGGUGCAGCGCAAAUUGAGCGUUGCCACAUGAUCGGCGCGAGUUGAAAAAUCUGAACUUUGGCAGAUUUUCACGCCACGUUAACCAAUCAGGAGCUUGCUCUAGUAAUAACGUGAUUACAGGCAGCAAGCGGAGGCAGAAAAACAAAACAACAAUGGAGGACAAUCAUCAUCAUCGCUACAUGAGACAUCUUCGUACUUUUACAGGAAUUAAAAGGAUCUUGCUUGGAAGAAAGUGAGUGAGGUCGUCAAACAAUCAAGUAAGUUUACUCAAUUUGAGCUAUGUAAGCACGUAUAUGUACACAUGGAUGUCUCGAAUGACUAAAAUUUCAUGCGAGAAUGAAGCGAGUAAGCUUCAAAAUGUAUUAGAAUUCAACUACGCUCGAAUAGCGCGUUUUUGUUGCCUCUUCCGCAUCUGGUGUGAACGCACAGUCACCGGCUGCCACUGGCACACACUUCACGAUGAAAUCUGUGCGUGCGCACCAGUGAUGCGCGGGUCAAUGUAUAAACAACCCGCACCCGACCGACGUUUUCAACUAACCUGCUCACAACUUGGAGCGCAAAAUAUUGUACCAGACCCGCAAGUAGUAAUUGUUUAAAAUAGUUAAUUUGCAUCUUUAUUUCAAACGACCUGACUGACUGCAACCCGAAUAUCAUUAAAAAUGUUUUUGUAUGACUCGUAACCGUGGGUGACUCCAGGCACCUGCUCAUUUUGGAUCAUCCCGUGCAUCACUGGUGCGCAUGCUUUAUAGAUGAGGCCCCUGCUGUCUGAAAAUGUUAUUGCUACAAAUAAACAUGGUUAAAGCCAUGGUUAUUAUAGUAAAACCACGGUUACUAUAAAAAAAAUUAAUUUUCGUAAGGGUGCGUAGACAGUAUUUACUGCAAAAUCUUCGAAAAAUUUCCCACAGCAAUAGUAAAUCACGAGACCAAAUAACAACAUAAGAACGAAUGAGCGCAUGUCAAGAUCGGACCAUUUUGAGCUGUAUUUGACUAGUUUAUAUUUGUUUGUUUUUCUGUUUAGAGUUCCUUUAGACCACCUGUCUUUUUUUUUAAAUUUGAAUAAGUAUUUUGUUUACAAACUAUUGUAAUUGUUUGUGUGUACACAUGGAUGAGUGCUUGCUUUGCCUUCCUGUGAUGUUUCUGAUUGGUCAUCUUAUUUGUAAAUGAAAAGCGAGUUUAUAUGUAUUAAAGGCAGUCUGCUCAAAAAAACUUG